AAAAGCUUCGGGAUUUGCGAGAGUAGCUUUGGGAUAUUCGCAAGAAGCCUUGGGACUGUCUGGUGUGUUCUAGGAAUUGUCGCAUGACGCCUAGGAUCAUUGCAUGAAACCGAUCAUCGCACGAAGCCUAGGGAUUGUCGCGCGAAGCCUAGCGAUUGUCGCACGAAGCCGCGGAGCAGUCGCACGAAGCCUAGAAAUUGUCGCACUUCUGGAUUCAGCCAGUGUCAGCCUCGCCGCCAUUGCGCUGACCAUCGCUCUUUCCCCACUCGCUCGCGCAAGAUAUUAUCCGCUGCAGUCUAUAACGCUCAGCGCCUGCUGGCCCUGUUGAGCCCCUGCUUAUAACGCGUAUCGCUCAACCGAGACUCGUUUUCGUCCCUUGAGCCAGCUUUUUCGCUAGAGCGUUCGCAGGUUCGUUCGAUUCUGCUCACUAGAGCACACAAUUCCCAGUCGGAUCUCACCGGACUUCACCGAGUUCCACCGUUUCGAUCGCACUCUACUACGUGACUUCUAUUCCGCCAGUCCGCCCGCAUGGGGAGCGCAGCGCGGGGGGAGGACGCCUCCGCGGACGUGUCCCGCGAGUUCCCCAACGGGGACUCGUACUACGGGCACUGGGGGGCCGCGUGGGACGUUCCGCACGGCACGGGGUGCUACGUGUGGGCGGACGGGAGCGUGUACGAGGGGGAGUGGGCGCGCGGGGAGAAGCACGGGCAGGGGCUGUUCGUGUGGCCGUCGGGCGCGCGGUACAAGGGGGAGUGGGCGCGCGGGCAGAUGCAGGGCGGGCCCGGGCGGUACGUGUGGGCGAACGGGAACGAGUAUUUCGGCGAGUGGGAGGGCGGCAUGAUGAGCGGGUGCGGCACGUUCACGUGGGCGAGCGGGGAGAGCUACGAGGGCGAGUGGGAGGGCGGCGUGGAGCACGGCGUGGGGGCGUUCAGGUGGCGGGACGGGAGUCGGGAUGGUGGCAUUGCUGCCAGUGCUAUCAACGGCCACAGUCAUGAUGCGUAUGAUGCACUCACAGCAACAGUUGCCGCGCCAGUGGCAGUGAUCCUGUCUGAUGUAUGCGGGGUUGAAAAGGCCGCCGCAUCUCAGAUACUUCCUGGUAGCUUUUCGAUGCCCAAGCAAGCUCCGGACCUGAUCUCAGGCUCGUUCAAUGCUGGCUCGGUGGGCUCAGCUUCGGCGAGGCUGGUUCGGAGGCAGACCAGCGGCAGUGUGGUGGGCGGUGCAGCAGCAGCAGGAGGGGGAGGCGGAGGCCCGCACGGCCGGCCCACAGGGGAGAGCAGGAGAGGGGGGAGAGACGAGGGGAGAAGGGAGACAAAUUUGAAGGGAGGGGAUGGUGCAGGGAACCUGGAGGAAAGGGAGGAGAGAAUGGCGAUCGUGAGCGAGAGAAGAUUGGAAGGGCAUGGCAGGAGUGCUGGGAUGGCAGGCGAAGGGAUCAAGGCUGCAGGGGCGAGCAAGGGCAGGGCAGUGAGAGAGGCAGACAUGUGGCGGCCGCUGAUUGGCAGCGAUGCUGAGAGCAGCCAAUGGGGAGCAAGCAGUAGUGCAGCAGUGUCGUCUUCAACGCCAUCGUCUGUACGACCAUGGGGCCGACCCCCUCUCAUUCCUGACCGCUCGCCCUUGCUGCGCACAACCCUCACCAUGCUGCUCCGCCCUGCGCCCACCUGCCGUUCUGAUCGCUCUCACGCACUACCUGACCGCUCUCUCCCUGUCCCCGGCCACCCUCUCUCGCACUUCCGCAAGCCCAGUGACGACUUCUUCGUGGGGCUGUCCUCGGCCAAUGGCAGCAGCACACGUGGCAGCCCUGGCAGCGGGAAGGCCAUGCGGAAGUGCAUGUCGGGGCCGCUGCAGCCUCGGGUGAUGCAAGAGAGGGAGGGCGGCGGCGCAGAGGACGUGGAUUGAAGGCUGAUGGUGGGGCGUUGCUGGGCGAGGGAAGGGGAGAGGGGCCCGAGGACGAGGGGGAUGGUGAUGGCAGGGUGGAUGCAGUGUCGCGGCCAGUCACAGCGAGCCACGUGUCGGAGGUGGAUAUGGAGGGCACCAGGACAACUGGAAGGUGUGGCGGGAGGAGGCCCCUGUGGGCUGGAGGCACCACCUGGGGCUGCGCGCCUUCCCUGCUGCGCCCCCUGCUGCCCUCCCUGCUGCUCCCCCUGAUCC